AUCGUGUCUCGAUAUGACAUCAUUGUGAUUCUGGAGGUGGUGGACGUCAGCGGAGAUUCUAUCAAAACCUUCCUGGAUGCACUCAACAACAAGAGGAAGCAUCACUACACUCUGAAGAUCAGCAGUCGUCUGGGUCGAACACGCUACAAGGAGCAGUUCAUGUUCUUGUACAGGGAUGACUUGGUCAACUUGGUGGGCUCCCAUCAGUUUGACGACCAGCUGAAUGAGGGAGGAGAUGUUUUCGCCAGAGAUCCAUACAUCCUGCGAUUCAGAUGCCUCAACACAGUGCUGAAGGACCUGGUGAUGAUCCCAGUUCACACCAAACCAGAAGACUCAGAGACGGAGCUGGACGAGCUCUACGACGUCUUCCUGCACGUCAAGAAGGCGUGGAGCACUGAUAACGUGAUGAUCCUGGGCGACUUCAACGCCGAUGGCUCCUACGUCUCCAAGAAGGCCAUGAAGGGCAUUCGUAUCCGAAACGACAAGAACUUCCACUGGCUGAUUGGAGACGAUGUCGACACCACGGCCAGCACCGGGAACGACCACUCAUACGACAGGAUCGUGGUCUACGGAGACGACAUGCUCCAGGCCAUCGUGCCAAACUCUGCCAAACCCUUCAACUUCCAGAAGGCUUAUGGACUCAGUGAAGAGCAGGCUCUGAAAGUCAGCGACCAUUACCCAGUGGAGGUGGAGCUGAAGUCUGUAAACAAGAUUGAUGACAAGGAUGGUGUGAAACCGAAGUUGCCGGUCGAGUCAGUACCUGUGGGCCUCGUGCCGCUGGACAAGGAUCUGCUGGAUCUGAAGAGAGGGAACUUGCAGCUGGAGAGGGAGAAGCUCCAGCUGGAGAUCCAGAUCCUCCAACAGAAGAUGGCCAAGAUGAAGAGUGGAGAUUAUGUUUGAACUCAGGAAGGCAGAUCCAUCGAGAACAGCCAACACAACAAUAAGCUCUCACUCAGUUUACCACACAACCUACAGACCCACUCCUUGUUUCACUUUGAGCAGACACUCUCUGCUCACUGCAUCUGAUCUGGGUUCAUCUGACUGAGCCACCAGUCUAAGAAAUACACCUCCCAUGCCACUCUGUCAACAUCACGGCAAAUCAUGUGAGAGCAUACCAUCUAUUGGCACAAUGGACAGUUUUAACAUCUCGUCCCGUGUUUUAUGAUUCUACUUUUGACUGAAUCGAGAUAUCAAGUUUUCUGUAAAAUAAAUUAUGAUUACAGAAGAAUUUGUUCCAGAAAUUUGGUGAAAUUCUUGAUUCUCAGUCUGAACUUUGUUAGGGUUCAUUUAAUUCAUCAAUCCUCUAUAACUGUGUCAUUUGUUUUUACUCUUGAGCCCAGACACACACACACACACACACAAAGACACACACCUACAUUCACUCCAGAGACUACAUUCAUUAGUUAAUAAAACAAAUUAAAUUAAAAAAUAUUUUAAAAAUCAAAUACUGGAUGUAGGCUAUACAAAACAAUACAAACAUUUUCUUAAAAACAUAAAAAGCUCUGCUGUACUGACAUCUGAUAGACACAACUGACAAAUGUGUGGAAUAAGUACAUAAUUAAAGAUUGGGGAAAAUGUCAUCAUGUGGGGUCAAAAAGUAUUUUAUGAGUUAAGUUUAAUUCUUUACCAGAUUCAAGAUUCAAAAUUCAAGAUUUUUAUUUGUCAAAUGCACAACAAUAACAUUAAGCAGUUGCUGGCAGUGAAAUGCUUGAUUCUCAGGCUCUCUUCUAACAAUGCUCAACAAAUUACAACCUAUACAAUACAAUAAGAUAGAAAUAGUGUAAAAUAGAAUAAAAUGGAAUAUCAAAAUUUUAAAAAGAAAAUAAUGUAUAUAUAUAUAUAUAUAUAUAUAUAAACAACUGAGGAGAAAAUAAAACAACAAAAGUGCAAAUAUGCAGAUAUG